UUUUCUCCUGCCGGCUCGAACCGUGGCUUGCCCAGGUAUGCCUGCCUCACUGCAGCACCUUGUGCUGGUGCUCCUGCUCUCCAGUGCCACCCUGCUGCUCGGCACUGCGGCUGCUACCCAGAGUGAGGAGCGGCUGUGUGCGUUUAAAGACCCAUAUCAGCAGGACCAUGGAAUCAGUGAGAGCCGAAUCUCCCAGGAGAAUGGCACCAUUUUGUGCAUGAAAGGUAGUACCUGCUAUGGACUUUGGGAAAAAACACGAGAAGGAGACAUACAUCUUGUAAAACAAGGUUGCUGGUCUCAUAUAGGAGACCCACAGGAGUGUCACUUUGAAGAGUGCAUAGUUACAACCACCCCUUCCUUGAUUCAGAAUGGAACAUAUCGCUUCUGCUGCUGCAGUACAGACUUGUGUAAUGUCAACUUCACAGAAAACUUCCCACCUCCUGACCCUACUGAUACAACACCGUACAAUUCUUCUCAUUCUUUUCAUCGAGAUGAGACCAUUGUUAUUGCCCUGGCAUCUGUGUCUGUACUGGCUGUUCUGAUAGCUGCUCUGUUCUUUGGGUACAGGAUGCUUGCAGGGGACCGUAAACAAGGUUUGCACAGUAUGAACAUGAUGGAGGCAGCAGCAUCAGAGCCCUCGUUGGAUCUGGAUAAUCUGAAGUUGUUAGAGUUGAUUGGCCGGGGACGAUACGGAGCAGUGUAUAAAGGUUCCUUAGAUGAACGUCCAGUUGCUGUGAAAGUAUUUUCUUUUGCUAAUCGUCAGAACUUUGUCAAUGAGAGGAACAUUUACAGGAUUCCACUGAUGGAGCACGAUAACAUCGCCCGCUUCAUUGUGGGGGAUGAGAGAUUCACUGCGGACGGCCGGAUGGAAUAUUUAUUGGUGAUGGAAUAUUACCCCAAUGGUUCUUUGUGCAAAUAUUUGAGUCUCCACACAAGUGACUGGGUGAGCUCUUGUCGUUUGGCUCACUCUAUAACUCGGGGCUUGGCGUACCUGCACACGGAGCUGCCUCGAGGAGACCAUUACAAACCUGCCAUAUCCCAUCGUGACUUGAACAGCCGCAACGUGCUGGUGAAGAAUGAUGGAACGUGUGUGAUCAGUGAUUUUGGGCUCUCCAUGAAGUUAACUGGGAACAGACUGGUACGGCCGGGUGAGGAAGACAACGCAGCCAUUAGUGAGGUCGGUACGAUCCGCUAUAUGGCCCCAGAAGUGCUGGAAGGAGCAGUGAACUUGAGGGACUGUGAAUCUGCUUUGAAACAAGUAGAUAUGUAUGCACUGGGCCUUAUCUACUGGGAGAUAUUCAUGAGAUGUACAGACCUCUUCCCAGGGGAAUCUGUGCCAGAGUACCAGAUGGCUUUCCAGACUGAAGUCGGAAACCAUCCCACUUUUGAAGAUAUGCAGGUCUUGGUGUCUAGAGAGAAGCAAAGACCAAAAUUCCCAGAAGCAUGGAAGGAGAACAGCCUGGCUGUGAGGUCACUUAAAGAAACAAUUGAAGAUUGUUGGGAUCAAGAUGCAGAAGCUCGACUAACAGCACAGUGUGCUGAGGAGAGGAUGGCAGAACUCAUGAUGAUUUGGGAGAGAAAUAAAUCAGUUAGUCCAACAGUCAACCCUAUGUCAACCACCAUGCAAAAUGAGAGGAAUCUGUCACAUCAUAGACGUGUAUCAAAGAUAAGGCCGUAUCCAGAUUAUUCUUCCUCCUCCUACAUUGAAGAUUCAAUCCACCACGCUGACAGCAUAGUGAAGAACAUUUCUUCUGAACAUUCGAUGUCCACUACACCACUGACUUCAGGGGAAAAGAAUAGAAAUUCCAUUAACUACGAGCGGCAACAGGCUCAAGCUCGCAUCCCUAGUCCCGAGACAAGUGUCACCAGUUUGUCCACCACCAAUACAGCUGGCCUCACUCCCAGCACUGGCAUGACCACCAUAUCCGAAAUGCCUUACUCGGAUGAAACAAACUUACACACUACAAAUGUCAUGCAGCCAGGUGGGCCCACCCCUGUUUGUCUGCAGCUAACAGAGGAGGACUUGGAGACAAAUAAAUUGGAUCCAAAAGAAGUGGAUAAGAACCUGAAAGAAAGCUCUGAUGAGAAUCUGAUGGAACAUUCACUUAAGCAGUUUAGCGGGCCAGAUCCGCUCAGCAGCACUAGUUCCAGCUUGCUUUACCCGCUGAUAAAACUUGCAGUAGAGGUGACAGGACAGCAGGACUUCACACAAGCUGCCAACGGUCAGGCGUGUCUGAUUCCAGAUGUCCCAUCUGCUCAGGUCUAUCCUCUACCCAAGCAACAGAACCUCCCGAAGAGGCCUACUAGCCUCCCUCUGAACACCAAAAACUCAACAAAGGAGCCGCGGUUAAAAUUCGGUGGCAAGCACAAAUCAAACUUGAAGCAAGUGGAAACGGGCGUUGCCAAGAUGAACACUAUCAACGCUGCAGAGCCUCACGUGGUGACGGUCACCAUGAACGGGGUGGCCGGGAGGAGCCACGGCACGAACUCCCAUGCUGGCGCCGCCCAGUACGCCAACGGCACGGUGCCCUCUGGCCAGAGCAGCGGCUCGGUGGCGCAGAGGGCCCAGGAAAUGCUUCAGAACCAGUUCAGCGGGGAGGACGGUCGGCUGAACAUCAAUUCCAGUCCCGACGAGCACGAGCCCUUGCUGAGGCGGGAACAGCAGGUGGGCCACGACGAAGGCGUUCUGGAGCGCCUGGUGGACAGGAGGGAGCGACCGCCGGAUGGCGGCCGGACGAACGCCAACAACAACAACAGCAACCCGUGUGCGGACACGGCUGCAGCCGGCACCCGGAACGUGGUGAGAAAUGCUGGGCAGACCCAGCCCAGAAGAGCGCAGAGGCCCAAUUCGCUGGAUCUGUCGGCCACGAGUAGUUUGGAUAGCAGUAGUGUGCAGUUAGGUGACUCCUCACAGGAUGGCAAAUCAGGCUCAGGAGAGAAGAUCAAGAAGCGUGUGAAAACUCCGUACUCUCUCAAGCGCUGGCGCCCAUCGACGUGGGUCAUCUCCACGGAGCCGCUGCCCUGCGAGGUCAACAACAACGGCAGUGAGCAGGCAGUGCCCCCCAAAUCCAGCACUGCUGUCUACCUUGCAGAGGGGGGCACUGCCACCACUAUGGUGUCUAAGGACACGGGGGUGAACUGCCUGUGAAAUACUUCAAACGCCGGCAAAUGACCUUUUCUUUGUGUUAUUGGAAACAAACAUGCAGAAGACGUUUUAAAAAAAAAAAAAAAAAACAAAACAAAACUGCUUUCUCCUCCUGUCAGCAACCCCUACCAAGGACUCGCUUUAAAUAGAUUUCAGCUAUGCAGAAAAUUUUUAGCUUAUGCUUCCAUAUUUUUUUAUUUUGUUUUAUUUUUUGAACGUUUUUGCACUUUUAUUUAGUAUCGCUAAAGUUAAGUCUGUCUGUUUUGACCACGGAAUAUAUAUAUGUGUAUCAAAGAUGUGGUCUCAAAAUAUUUUUUUUAAAAAAAAAGUAACAAAAAAAAGUAUUGCUGAUAAUCAGUUUGGACCAGUUUCUUAAGGUCACUAAGAUCAUAAGCAGACUAUAAGACAGGUUUGACUGCAGUGGUGUCUUGUAACCAUGUUUUGAUUUCUGUGCACAAGCUAGUCUGUAUAUUUCUAUGUUACAAAGUGUAUUCUCUUUUGAA